AUGCGGUUCGUCAAACUCAAAAUUCGUGAUGCGACUCCGAGCCAUGAGACGAUGUACGUCGAGCGUUCACCAGGAGGCAAACUCCAUCUUGUGCGCGAGAAGCAAGCCCCGCCAAGUCCCAAGUCACGCGAUGUUCAAGUAGUCAAGGUGUUUGAGAAACUCCCCGAGAAGCGUCACGUGGCUGUUGAAGCAGCAGAACCGAAACACAAGCACGAACAUCAUCGAGGCAUGGACCACGAAAAGUCAUGCAGAGACGGCAUUCGCAUCGAAAUCAUUGGAUUUCAGAAUGAUCACAAGCAACCCCGCAUAUCGAUCUCUGUCGGCGCAGGAGAGCGCAGCGCAGCCCGCCAGCCACAUCCGUCUCCGUCUCCAUCUCCAUCUCCAUCCCCUGUCGUUGAGGUACGCGAGCCACGCCAUGUCAAAGUCAAGGAGAAGCCUCAUGUCGAGUUGAGAAAGGUGAAACUGGAGAAAGUUCGUCCAGCAGAACAUCGCCAUCGUGAUAUCCCCGUCUCUCCCCAGCCCGACGCACAUCGACAUCUCCGACGUUUGCAUAUCAAGUUGCCAGAUCCGAAGCCAGAUCCGAAGCCACAGCCUCGCCACAUGCUGAAUGAUGAAAUCCCAAUUUGGGACAAGGAUUUGCGAGCCUGGGUCGUGAAGAGAUCUCCACGAGUUCGCUUUGCUUGA